AUGGCGACUGUGAUUGUUCAGCAGCAGCAUACGCUGCGCCAUUCAACCCCACCUCCCUCCUCCAUGUCUCCGGCAUUGAUGACUCCCCCGGGCAGCGAUCGAGUCACGGUCAAGUCGCGUCGAUCCUCUAUCCGCCUUUCUGUUAUUCCAUCAUUUCCAACCCCCCCGGGCGCAAAAGUGUAUGGUAUCAACGCACAGACUCUGGGGGAGGCGCUCGGGUAUCAGGCAGCUCAACCGCUACCUGACCCAGCACACAUGUUUCCUUGGCUUCAUGGAUUGCAUUCAGACAACCAUGUGCAGCUUGGGUUCUUUGCCAGUCGCAAACGUACACAGCGGAAGCCUCCUAAGGCCUGGCGUGGGAUCACCCUCGUCAAGCUGGGAGGAGACCUCACCAAGUCUCGGAUUCGAGGCGCAGUGUCACCGAAUGAGGUGAUAUCCCCCCUGUCGCGUUUCUUGAUGGCCGAUCCUCCCGAGGGAUUCUCUGUUCGAAACUUUCACAUCCAAACAGCCAAACUGGCUCCCCUGUCGGACAUUGUAAUCUAUGGUGCCGACGGGGUUGAUCGUGAAGAGUUGAUUGCACUCGCGGACGAGUUCUCCCUGGCACAGGCAGCUUGGCGACUGAAGUAUGAUCCAAUGCAGGAACGGAAGUCAUACAAUACAUUUGUGCUAACAAGCAGUUUUUCCGAGUUUGCUCAAAAAUGCCCCAGUUGGGUAUCGGCGGACGCAAAUGGUUAUUUAACUGGUAGCUGCAUGGACCUAGUUCAAUGGGAGCGCAUUGAGAUGGCCAACAUGUCUCGUGCAUCUGAAAUCUCAGCAAAUGUAUGGCUUGGACCAACUCCCGAAUAUACUGUGCACCCAGAUGGAUAUGAUGCAUUGGAAAAAGAUUCCUAUGAUCUCAUGAUCGAAGCUAGUGAUGUUGCAAGUAUUCCUGGUCCUCGAUUUCUUGCUGCAAUUGACAAGAAACUUGAGUCUGGUGCUCAACGUAUUGAGUUCCCUUCGUCAGGGUCCAUUGUUCUGCCCUCGGAUAACAGCCGUGAGCUUGAAGAUUUUGUAAACACUGUUAGAUGGAUCUAUUACCUGGCUCACCCAGAGCCAACUGAAGAGAUGGAUCACGAUGGUGAUGUUGAGACUCGCUCGCCCAGGAAACCCGUUAGAGUGUUGAUUCACUGCGGUGACGGAUACACAGAGAGCACUUUGCUUGCAGUCGCAUAUUUCAUGUUUGCAGAGGGUGUUCCGGUAAACGAGGCAUAUCUCAAGUUGCAUUGUGACAGAAAGCGCAACUUCUUUGCAUACCCCACCGAUGUCGCCUUUCUGAGUCAUAUUCAGACUCGUCUUUUGCAAGAAAGUCCUGCUAACAAGUUCACGCAACCCACUGAGUUGUCUGAUCCAGACUGGUUUCUGAGGAUUGAUGGCUCACUGCCCAGUCGUAUAUUGGAUUAUAUGUAUUUGGGCAACAUUAAUCAUGCCAAUAACCCCGAGUUGCUUUGGGCAUUGGGAAUCAGACGUGUAUUGAGCAUUGGAGAACCUGUGUCUUGGACUCCAGAGCAACGUGAUAAAUGGGGUGAAGAGAACCUCAUGUACAUCGAUAACGUACAGGACAACGGGAUUGAUCCGUUGUGCCAGGAAUAUGGCCGAUGCUUGAAGUUCAUUGAGAAUGGAAAGAACGACAAAACCGCAACCUUGGUUCACUGUCGCGUGGGGGUUUCACGAUCCGCUAGUAUUUGCAUUGCCGAAGUAAUGGCCGCUAAAGAUAUGACAUUUCCAUCUGCCUAUUGUUUUGUUCGGGCUAGACGACUCAAUGUCAUCAUUCAGCCUCACUUGCGCUUCGUUUACGAGCUUCUACAAUGGGAAGAAUUCCAAACCCAACGUCUGGGUGGUUCUAGAAGGCGAAAGCUUGAAUGGGCUAGCAUCUGUCGUGAGAUUGCUCUUUUGAACAAGCCAUACUCGCGCACCUAG